UGAUUGGAGUUAACGUGACGUUUGUUCACUAUCCUGACCACGGAUACACCAUAACGCGCACUGAUGGCAUGUUUGAUCUCCUGGCCAGUGGAGGAGCAUCGUUAACAUUAAGUUUUGAGCGUGCUCCAUUUCUCACUCAGUACAGAACCGUAUGGGUCCCAUGGAACGUCUUCUACGUGAUGGACACUCUGGUCAUGAAGAAGGAGGAGAAUGAAAUUCCAAGCUGCGACCUCAGUGGUUUCAUCAGACCCAGUCCGGUCAUUGUGGCUUCUCCUCUGUCUACAUUUUACAGAGGGUCACAUGACAAUGGGCCUAUUAUUCCUGAAACUCAGGUUUUACAAGAAGAAACGUCAAUCCCUGGCAGUGAUCUAAACCUGGUCUACUUAAGCUCCAGAGCUGCAGGAUACAAACCGGUCCUCAAAGUCUCUAUGACCCAAUCGUCAAUCCCAUUUAACCUGAUGAAAGGGUAA